GACUCAAGCGAAUCCAAAGGAUCUGAAGAAUCUGAUGAAAACAACUUAAAUUCUGACCAAAUAUUGAGCGUCAAAAAAACUGAAGAAAGAAACGACGUUGUUGACAAGGACUUUACAACAAUGCCCGAAGUAGUAGAUUCGACAACGAUGAUUGAUGAUACAGAUGUAAAGCCAACGCCCGAGAAAGCAGAACUGACAGAUUCACCUGAUGAAACGUGCUGGAAUUUUGGAAAAGAACGGUGCAAUGAAAUUCCACAAAAGUGGAGAAUCUAUUGCCAAAGUGAUUCCUAUUGCCAGGGCGGUGAAUUAAAUAAGGAAGGGAAAUGCUGCACUGACGCAUGUGAAAAUGAUCCGAGGUUUUUACCAGAAAACCAAAAAUUUUGUCGUUGGCCAGUUGAUACUUAUAAUCUCGUGGAUUCUUUUAAACCAGUAAGCGCGCGGCAGAAGAAAUGAAACUCUAUUUGAGAUUGGAAGCAUUUGAGCAAAUAAAUAAUUCCACAGCCUAUGAACUUGAACA